AUGGUUCGUAAGGAUCACCAACUACUCGCCACGAUUCGCCUGGAUCAUUCAACACUCGCCACUAUUUACCAGGAUCACCCACUACUCGCCUUGGUUCUCAAGGAUCACCAACUACUCGCCCCAGUUCGUCAUGAUCACUCAACACUCGCCACUUUUCAUCAGGAUCACCUACUAUUCGCCUUGAUUCUCAAGGAUCACCAACUACUCGCCACAAUUCGCCAGAAUCAAUCAACACUCGCCAAUAUUCGCCAGGAUCACCAACUUCUCAACGCUUUUCACCAUUUACUCUCAGCACGUGUCACGAUUAAUCAUUAUCACCCAUUUCUCGGCACGAUUCACCAGGAUAAUCUUAUACUGGCCACUAAUAUCACCAGGACCACACAAAAUUCGCCACGAUUCGCCAGGAUCACUCAACACUCGCCACUACUCACCAGGAUCACCCACUACUCGCCAUGGUUCUUACGGAUCACCAACUACUCGCCACGAUUCGCCAGGAUCACUCAACACUCGCCACUACUCACCAGGAUUACCCACUACUCGCCUUUAUUCUUAAGGAUCACCAACUACUCGCCCCGAUUCGCCAGGAUCACUCAACACUCGCCACUUUUCGCCAGGAUCCCCACUUCUCGCCUUGGUUCUCAAGGAUCACCAACUACUCGCCCCAACUCGCCAGGAUCACUCAACACUCGCCACUAUUCACCAGGAUCACCCACUUCUCGCCAUGGUUUUCCAGGAUCACCAACUACUCGCCACAAUUCACCAGGAUCACUCGACACUCCAUUUUAA